AAAGUAAAGCCGCCCAGCCACUAUUAUUGGACCAUUCGUAUUUUUGACCCAACAUCUAAGAAAGGUUGUCGUUGAUGUAAUCCAUGCCAACUCAGAGUGGAGGCUUUAGGUUUAGAACAGGAAGUCCAAAAUUAGUGAGGAAAGUUGAGACACAGCGGCAAUGGCGGAGGAUGCGAUACUAGGUUACUUGGCGACCCACGAGGAGAUCCCAGAUUCAGGACAGUUUGCAUCCCAACACGGUCUCCAGCACAACGAUGUCGUCAAUGUUAUCAAGAGCCUCCAUGGUUUCCGUUACAUCGAUGCCCAGGAUAUUAAAAGGGAGAGUUGGGUGCUCACGGACGAGGGUAAAAAAUACGCUGCCGAAGGAUCCCCCGAAGUUCAACUCUUCUUAGCUAUCCCUCCCGAGGGCUCCAUUUCUAAAGAUGAACUGCAGAAAAAGCUAGACCCUUCAGUUUUCAAAAUUGGUUGCUCACAAGCUGGGAAAAACAAAUGGGUCGAUAUGGGCAAGCAAGUUUCCAGAAAGGUCCAACAUGUGGAAGACAAGGUCAAGGAUUUGCUAAUACGAAUACAAGAUGGUCAGGCAAUUGGCAAAGAUGAUAUUAAUUCACUUAAAGCAAGAAAGCUUAUUGUUGCACAGACAUGGAAAGGUUACUCAGUGAGAAAAGGGCCAAACUAUGCCCCUAAAAGAAAGAAAGUUGCUACUGAUUUGACUCGAGAGAAUCUACAGAGGGGUGACUGGAAGGAAUUAGAGUUCAAAGAAUAUAACUUCAACGCGAAAGGACCACCAGCUGAAGCUGGCCAUCUUCACCCGUUGCUCAAGGUGAAACAACAAUUAAAGAACAUAUUCCUUCAGAUGGGUUUUGAGGAGAUGCCAACAAACAAUUUCGUUGAAAGCAGCUUCUGGAACUUUGAUGCAUUGUUCCAGCCACAACAACAUCCUGCUCGUGAUUCGCAUGAUACAUUCUUUAUGGAAGCUCCAUCUACUACAAGGGAACUGCCUGAAGAUUAUGUUGAGUUGGUGAAGCGUGUCCAUGAGUCUGGUGGUUAUGGCUCCAGGGGAUAUAUGUAUGACUGGAAAAGAGAGGAAGCAAACAAAAACCUGCUGCGUACUCAUACAACUGCUGUCUCAACUAGAAUGCUUUAUGCUCUAGCAAAGCAACCUUUUACCCCCAAAAGAUAUUUCUCUAUAGACCGUGUGUUCAGAAAUGAAUCUGUGGAUCGAACUCAUCUUGCAGAGUUCCAUCAGAUUGAAGGUUUGGUAUGUGACCGGGGACUUACUCUUGGUGACUUGAUUGGUGUCCUGAAUGACUUCUUCUCAAGACUAGGCAUGUCCAAGUUGCGUUUCAAGCCUGCUUACAACCCAUACACCGAACCUAGCAUGGAGAUAUUCAGUUAUCAUGAAGGCUUGAAGAAAUGGGUGGAAAUUGGGAAUUCUGGCAUGUUCAGACCUGAAAUGUUGCUUCCAAUGGGAUUCCCCGAGGACGUUCGUGUUAUUGCUUGGGGCCUUUCCCUUGAAAGACCAACUAUGAUACUCUAUGGAGUCGAUAACAUUAGGGAUCUGUUUGGACACAAGGUGGAUCUUAGUCUCAUCAAAAGGAAUCCAAUCUGUCGCCUUGGAAUUAAUUAGACUGUGGAACAUUCUUGUCAUUCCAUUCUUUCUUCUUCUAAUCGAACCAAGGAUACACCAAUACAGUUUGCACAUGUACUUUUAUAGCAUAUACAAUGAGCAAUUGCUAUGUCAGGCAUUUUUUACUUCCUUUCUUCGUUCAAUUUUUAUGUGUAAUAGUGGCAGUGAUCACAGCUUGGAACAUUUGUAUUCAUUAGAUACAUUACCUGUCACUGUUAUUUAUUUCACUUUAUUAAGACGUGUUAAUUCAACAUGCUUCGACUUCCAACACCCAAUGCAAUCCCAGUUUGUUA